CUCCGUUUUCAGCCCAGGAUACCAGGGAACAAACCGCUUUCUGCGUUAUGCAUUCUGUUUCCAUAUGUCUUCGUCUAUUGUUGCUCUGCUUCGUGAUACCCAGCGCUGUCAGAUCACAAGGUUAGUUUCAGUAUAACUCAAGAUCAUUAGUCAUAAGUCCUUUAACUAAGUAAAGGGAUUCUCCAUAUCUUCUUACGACCGAGUCUUUACUUACACCAAUUCUUCAUAACUCGGUUCCACAAAAGUGUCCCUGGGAAGUAGGGCUAAAGUUUAGAGUUACUAAGCAUUCAUGAUUUCAAAGCGUUCCGAGAAUUGCCGUCGCAAAAAUCAAAAGACAUCACUCAUCUUCCUCCUAACAUGUCACCUGCGGCUUUUUUCAGUCAAUGAAGAACCGCGGCGUUAGUUUUUCAAACUCUGCUUUGCAAUGUUUAGGGAAAGUAAAUCCAUAGUUUAUUGUUUUCAAGCGAAGGAAAAUUCAAGUUCGAAAAUAAAGCAGGCACAGCAAAGGUCUGCUCCAUCUAGCAAGAAUGUAGCUAGGAAUGGAGCUUUGUUUAAAUUAUAAUUGAUCAUCAAUGCUAAGAAACCUUUCCCUUAUGAUACCAUUUGUUAAGCAAUGUUUAUCAUUUAACUGUAUAGAAAUACAAAUAGCACAACAGAGUAAAAGCAAAAAAGUACGCUAGAUUGAUUCGUGCUUUUGAAGAUAAGGAAUUUAUAUAUAUUUUUUAUUUUCUAUUUUUAUUAUCGGAACUGAUCCCGUUUAUCAAAACACAGUAAGGACAAUGUGAUUACUUGUAGCAGUGAGUUAAGAAAAUAGCCGAUCUUGAAUUCAAAUGAAACUGUUUUUAAUUAAAAAAUAAAAAGGGAAUAAUAUUUAAAAUAAAAAAAAACGUCAUACACCAACCUUUGCGGUCUUUCUAACUCAUUAUUGUUAUUAUUAAUAUUAUUUUGUUAUAACUUUUUCUUUACCAUCGAUGGUUAAUAAAUGUUAUACCAAAUAAAAUUCCUCGCCAGAACCAAACUAAGAAUUGUUAGUAGGAUAUUUGACAAGUAUUAGUUAGCCAACUGUUUUACUCAUGUUCGAGCUGAAAUAUUUACAACACAUUAUUGUUAUAGGUCUGUAUAUCGUUUAGUAUGCGCGAAUUCAUAACGGCAAAGAAUGCAUUACGCAUAUAUGUUAUAGGCCUUAACCAUAUAGGUUAUAUACCUUAAACAUAAAGGUCAUAAUUUUUGCAAAGUUCCCUCGUCAAAAUUUAUUUUGGUUUUAGUGUAUCCGUAACUGACAUAAACAUUGUGGGACUCAAUCAAAAAAUUCUUUAUUCCAUUAAUCAUCUCAUUAAACGUUGUUUCUAGGUACAGUUUAUCCAAGUACGGACGAUUUUAUUUAUUUUCAUGGCACAGAAAUUAUUCUUUUGGAUCGAAGAACAAAUUUGGAAAAGUUGGUCGGUUAUUUUUAACAAGAUGACAGGAUUAUGAGUAUGAAGGAUAGCAGGUGUCUUCUAGAUAUUCUUAUAAUGCGCUUUAGACGACUGCAUGGCUAGCCGACUGUCAUCAGUUAAUCUUUAUAUCCCGUCAGACAACAGAUACAUAAUUUUAUUAUAGUGCACAAGCUCGGUUCAAUAUACUGAAGCUAAUAACAGAAUAACUAGCACUGUGUAUGAAUAAAGGAAGUCUAAGUCACACGUACAAAUUUCACAGCCUUUGGUUUACAAGUAGAUAGAAUAAGCAACAUGAUAUGGUACUUGUGACAGCUGUCUCAAAAUUCUCGUGAUAUGGAAACAAUAUUAUUCAUCAAGUAGUCGACCUGCAUUAUAAGUUUAGCUGGUCGCAAAAGUCUGAGAGCUCCUUUUUCCGUGAACAACAAAAGGGAACUUUUCAGGCUGCGUUCAGCACCAUGUAUUCUACUUUUAUCCGUCUCCUUGGGUUGGAAAUUUCUUUUACGAUAUCAAUGGAUGUUAGAUCACAAGGUUAGUUUUAGUAGUAAUCGUGAGGCAUGGUAAGGAAUUAUCUUUUUACUGACGAGUAUAUCACGGUCCUCGGCUCGUCACAUUUAUUUUAGCCUAGGCCGUUUCUAAAAUUUUACUUUGGAAUAUAAACAUUCAUUGGGUCAGUUAGUUCGAUUGGACCAACAUUGAUGUAUCGAAAGAAAGAGCGGGUCUAUUUCUUUAAAUCUAGCCAUAGGGAUGGGUAACACUUUAAAGAUGGAUCCAUUUCCUUCCUUUACAUCUGCAUUUUAUUUGACAGCCAUAAUAUUAAACUUGCUUAAGAACUUCUGGCGAAAAGAUUGAACACCAUUAUUCAUAAUUCAGGCUCAGUUUUCGAAUAAUUAUGCAAUAUUGGCGUUACUAUGAAAAGCGGGGCAGUUAAACAAACAUAUCUAGAGUCUAUGUCGCUUAAUUUGACAUUUUCCCUUCAAAAACGCAAAUAGCCUAUAGGUAAACAUUCAUAAAUACGCCAGGUCUUCUUUUAUGGUUUCGAAGCUUUCAAAGCCUUUGAAAGCUUCGAAACCAUAAAAGCGGCAAUCUAUGGUAAGGGUAGCUGGUCUCGUAUAUUCCAACAUAGAGGUGAACAUCGAGAUUUAUUGCUGAAGUCUUGAAAAUAGCAAAAAAUUUACUGAAAAAAUUUUAUACCGGGCAAAAAAUAGAUAACGUAGAUAAACUAAAAUAAUACAAAUAAGGAAAAAAUACAAAGAAAGAUAUUAAAAAUUAACAAAAAACCAAAAUAGAACAAAACAAUUACAAAUUGUCAGUGCGAAAUGAUUUUAAAUAGCUCCCAUAUUCCUCUAAUGCGCUCAAUUUAUCAAUUAUUUCCAUUACAAAGACUUUUGCGUCGCAGACCAGUGUCGUAUUUUGGAAUUUAGCCCUGAAAAAGCAUUUGAAGAGAAACGUCUUAUUCAACACACGAUUCGCAUCGUGGAAGUAGUGGAUCCCAGGUUCUGUGAGAACUUGUGUUAUAUGGAACCCGACUGUGUCAGCAUUAAUCUUGAUAAACGAGAGGAUAGACAUGGAAACUACAAAUGUGAACUGAAUAAUGUCACUCACGAAGGAUACGAACAUCAGUUGGAGGAUCAUGAAGUUUUUUUCUACCAUGCUGCUGAGGUAAAUAUCUUUUUUUCAAUUCACACGUUUUUAAGAAAAUAUCUUUUUCUCCCUUGGCAUUUCUGCUUUAAUGGUUUAUUAAAAUUAGAACUCAGGCAGUGGCUUUCUCAUUUAAAGGAAUGCUUUGUUCUAGUUUCGGCCAUGACCAUGAUAAUAACGAUGACGUUGAAAAUUACAAAGACGACAACGAUUUUAAUGAGCAGGACUCAUCAUAAUUAUGACGUCCAUAUUGACGAUGCAGAAUUGACGAUGCAGAAGACGAAGACGAAGCCAAAGAUGAUGACGAUGACAAUGACAAAAAUUAUGACCAAAAUAAUGACAAUGUUGAUGAUGAUGCUUUCAAUGUCAGAGCAACUGUGUCAAAAGCCCUUGCAAGAAUAACGCAAGAUGUCAAAGUGGAUUUACCGACAAAGGUUAUCGCUGUAUUUGUCGACCUGGAUUCAAUGGUCAAAGAUGCAGUGAAGGUAACGAAAGCCCUCAUGUCAGUCUUUUGAGAAAAUCAGUGAAGAAGAGACACCAAAAGCUUUGUUGUAAGGUUUAUUGUUGACAGCUUGGUUUAAUCUGACUAUAUUUUGAUAUCUUUCUGAGCUAUUUGGGAGGGGGGGGGGGGGACGGAGACGGUUAAACCAAAAUUGGUUACAUCAGUAACACGGAAGCAGUUGUCCAACUGUAACUCUACUUAAGGGAAAUAGUGAAAGCAUGACUGCUUCGCAGUUUAAUACCUUCUGUGGCUGACAGAGUUGCUGGUAUAUUUUUGUACAACUUAGUUACUUUAUACAUAUCAAUUAGAUAAGUAAAGGGAAACAAACUUUUUUUGCAUAUUAGAAAGGAAUGGAACCGCCAGUAUGUAAAGCAGCCCUUCUCGAAAAUAUACUAUAUAUAUAUUGCUGUUGUUGUUGUUCGUUGGUUGGUUGGUUUAUUCCGUAGUAAUAUGAAAUUUCAUUUAUUGCUGUUUUUUAGACAUAGAUGAAUGUGUCAGAGGUUUACAUAAUUGCAGUCUUAAUGCCUAUUGCAACAACACUAAAGGGUCUUACAACUGUACGUGUAAACCUGGAUUCAUUGGAAAUGGACGAGAAUGCGAAGGUAAUCGCUUGGGUUAAAUAAAUAUAUAUCUUAUUAGACGUCGUAGUAUGUAGUAUCGCCAAAGAUACUUCUAAAACGAAUCCAAAGAAAUUUGAAGUCGUAUCUCCGAAUCCUGAAAAUUAUCUCGUUGACAAAUAUAAAGCAAGCGUUUGAUUUUUCUCGGCCACUUUUGAAACCAAGCGCGCACUCACAGUUUAGAAGGAAAAGGAACUCAUAAACCUUUCAAUAAAAGAUCCCUAACUCCUAACUCCCAACUCUUCCUGGGAAUUACUUCUUGUAAAGAGUUCUAUGACAAGUGCAUGAAAGUGAAAAAGACGCAUUUUGUUAAAAAUUAAACGCUAGCUAAUGGACACUGUCUUCUUAGGAAAAAAAAGAUUCACAUGUAUCUGCCUAUUCAUUCAUUUUCUUGCAUUUAUUUCCUCUUAUAACUCUAUAUAUUCACUUAAAACACUAACAAAACACUAACACUAAAACACUAACCAUCAAUCGAAAGGAACUCGUAAACCUUUUAAUAAAAGAUCCUUUUUAAUUCUUCCUAGGAAUUACUUCGUGUAAAGAGUUCUAUGAUAAGGGCAAGUAAGUAAAAACGGAAAGUGAUUGAAGACACAAGUUAUUAAAAUUAAACGCUAGCUAAUGGACACUGCCUUCUUAGAAAAAAAAAAAAUUUCAUGUAUUUGCUUAUUCAUUCCUUUUCUUGCAUUUGUUUCCUCUUAUAACUCUAUAUAUUCACUUAUCUCUACUUGUUUUUAUUUUAUUGCGUAUCUAUUUAUUCAUUUCAUAUUUUUGACGUUAUAGUUGUCAGCUAUUUCUCUCAUUAUUAGUCUUACUAUCGCUAUGAUUGUUAACAUCAUCCUUAUCUCCACAACUUUUUUAUAUGUUAUUAUACUUUUAAUGCAGGAAGGCCAAUAUGAGCAUUGUGGUUACUCUCCUUAUUGAUUCCCAACCAGUCCCCGUUCUUUGUCACCUGGGAAAUUUUGGAUGUGGAGAUGGAGGAUGGACACCGGUUAUGAAGAUUGACGGCACAAAGGUGCAUAUUUUAAAGUCCAAAUUAUUUACACAUGUUAUUAAUAAAUGAGCUGCCUGAAAAUAUAACCGAGUUGAUAACGAACUAGAGUUAGAGAUUGGAAAUAUCCUUGUUUGACGGAAAAUAAACGCCUUUUUAUUGUUUUGAAGAGCGCCUCAAUUAUGAACAUUACAAGAGGUCCAUUCCGUUCUCCCCUACGAAUAAAACACAAUUUUUAGACUAAAACACCCUUUCCCUUUAGUAAUAGUGAUAAGUCGUCAAUGCUUUGUAAUCACUACGCAUAUUUACCAAAAAUUCUGAUCUAAUUCAACUUCUACAUCCUACGUAACAAGAAUUUUAUGCUACAUAAUUUAUCUGAAUCAAGUCAAUUGAUCAAUGCCUGCAUUUGAAGAAAAACCUCUCCAGGAAGCGUGAAAUAGAAGUCUACUUUGUGGUUAAUGUGACGAAUGUUUUUUAAGAAAUUAAAGAAGACGAUUUUUCUUUUUUAUUUCACUUCAGACAACCUUUCAUUACAACAAACUCUACUGGAGUGAUUACAGGGAACUUAACCCCACUGGAGGACAAACUGGUUUUGACGAACAGGAAACAAAGCUUCCUACAUACUGGAAUACAUCCUUCUCCCAGAUCUGUCUCGGUAUGAAGAUCGAUCAACAGCUCAGGUUCAUAGUCAUCAAGAAGCAGGCUGACUCUCUAUUCUCACUGAUCGCCGACGGGAAAUAUCGCAAUACAUCACUGGGCCGCGAAACGUGGAAGUCGCUGAUUGGCUCUGAUGCCUCCUUGCAACUGAACUGUAACAAGGAAGGUUUCAAUGCUAAUUGCGGUGGGAAAAUAAGCUCAAAGGCCAGAAUUGGCAUUGUUGGCAAAAAAAAAAAAAACAACUGCUCAAAUUGCACUUCAAGGGUUGGAUUUGGCACUGGAGGGUGGCCUUUUUUCUCGAUUUCGUGCGGUAACACAGCAAAAGGAAAAUUGAGCAUUACCGCCAUUGGAUACAUCUUAGUGCAUUAGAACAAUAACAACACAACAAACGAAUCACCGUUUACUCGUCAAGAUGCACCAUAAUUUUCAGCUCGAGCUUAGCUUUGUGUUGCAGGGUUGUUAUGAUUUGAUCACGGUUUUCAAAAAAAGAAUGAAUAAAAAAGUUAAGCGGCAUAGUUAAAAAUAAACAAAUAAUAAUAACGGAUUCAUGUAAUACACGACAACAUCAUUACAAUGUGUCUCGAUCCAAUUAAUCUUAAGAGAAUUUAAUAUUACGAGCCAGACUUCAGUUAUUCUGCAUUCACUCCAACCUUCAUUAGUUUAGGACCCACCAUUGCACGUGUGUAUCCUUUGCUGAUCUCCCCAGAAAUAUCAGAGGUAUCCGAACAUAACUUGUACGCUAACGCUAUGCCACGCAAUUUUUCAGUACGUGAAUCUCUAUGAAGAAACACCAGUAGGUUGCGUAAUCCAAUACAAUAAAACUUUCCCUCCUUACACCGCUUGCAUGCUAGUAUGUCUUCGAUAUCUCGGGGUGCUUGCUUGGGUUGGGAACGAAUCUAAUAUCUUUCCUGGUCCCAUUGAAGAGACCUCUGGCUCGGAUCUUACACCCACCUCACCUGUUUCCCGCUGACGCCAUCGUCUGUAUUUUUUCCACUCUAUUAAGUCAUACGCACAUCUAAAUAAUCCUUCCCCAGGAUCCCACAGCUAGUCACUAAUAGCACCAAUCAGAUGUUAAGUUCCAAAACAUAAAAGUAAAAAAGGAAGAAGAAAAACAAACAGUUAGAUAGAUACUUCAAUCAGAUAGAGAAGACUGAAUAACUUCGCAACAGGGCAGACUGUACAUCAUUACUGAAGACCAUCAGUAGAAAGUCUUAAGCUUAAGUUGAUGUCAUCGAUAAUGUGAGCAAAUGAUCACGAAUACCGUUUUUUUUUUAAACUUAGUAAAUCUACUUUAGAGCGAGCAUUCUUCAAUGCUCUUUAAUGCUCUUAGGACAUAUCAACAUUCAAAAAUAUUAAUCUACACAAACGAAGCGAAAAACGCCAGAAUUCCUCGUGUUUACAGCGUGGUUGAUUCACCUUACUUAAAUUGCUGUUUACUAGUAUUCACCACCAGAAAUUAUCACCAGCGAGGCUUUGUGCUGAAAAUUUUGAAAGUUUUUCGAUUUAAACCAAAAUCUUCCAUAAAACAACACUUUUGGUAAAUAUUAACGCCUGAAAAUGAUAUUUACCGUUAUAAAGAAUUGUCCCCUACGUCGAAAAGCCUCAUUGAAGUGAAAAAAGAUCACUCUUCUUUUCCAGUCAUGAUUUGCAUCUUGGCAUCUUGGACGUGUAAACCUGUUAGACUCUUAAGACGGCGACAUGAAUGCUCGACUGUGAAUUUCUCGCAGAACUAAAGAUAAUCUACAGAACUUGAUUAUAAUACAGUAGUAGGACUAGUUUGCUUAACAAUGGUACUGAUAGGUGUCCGGCAAUUCCCGAAGAACUCAACGAUAUAUCGCGGCCUGGCAAUUGCGAUAUAUCGCCGAUAUAUCCAACUAAAAUAUCGCUUAAAUUUCGGCGAUAAAUCGGGAUUAUCGCAAUCAUAGACGUACGCUGUGUCUCUUCAUUGCUGCAGCUGCUCUUACUUAAAACUAAGUCGACCUUCAAGAACGUUCACCUUAACAAUACCAACCGUUAUAAAACCAAAUAUUUACAUAGGCAAUCCCAUAAUUAAUCAGUUCUAUAAGGAGAAAACUGCUGAGUCAAGGAAAAAAAUUUGACAGCCGUCGGUUUACAAUUAAGUUUAAUUUGCAUCUUGGCAUAUUACUGACAGAUUACAGCCGAAUUUCGAUUGUUUGGAAGUUAGUCUGAUUUGGGAAACGAUUAUUUAUUUAAGACGUCGCAUCUAAGGCACACAUUGAAAUGAUCCAAAACAUUUACGAGCCUUGUACUCAGUGCACGAUACAAGAGAAUUCCUCCAGACAAGCUCUGUAUAAUGUAUUUUGUUUCUCUCUGCCUUCUUUCUUUGGAAAUCUGUUUUAUAGUUACCAGGGCAGUCAGAUCACAAGGUUUUCUUCAGUAUAACCCAUUAAUCACAGCAAGAAAUUAUUAAUUUGUUCAAAAGAUAGUACUUUAGCUGACUCUUCCCCUCUAGUUUCGAGUGAGUUAUUAUAAUUAUAAUCCUGUAAAAAGGAUUUUCCGAAAAAUGUUGAAAAUUCCUGAUUAUGACCCAAUUAGUAGACAUCUAAAGCCACGUACAAACAAAAUAGUGAUAAAUUUGAACUUAUUUUCAAUUAGGUAAAACGUAAAAUAUGUAUUCUAUUUUCGUGGUGUUAAUAGCGUUAGUAGCAGCGUUUUGUGAAGUAAAUGUGAUUUAAAUCUAAAAACCGUCACUUUUUUUCUUCGUUGAACUUUCUUUUCCCGUUUGUGCCAACCAAUAAUGCUUUCCAAAUACUCUUUAACGAAUAAUUAUGCAAUGAAAUCCAUUGCUCUCCAAUGCUCCAAAUAGGAGAGCGCAAAAGUUAGGCAGGCAUAAUCAAAAUUUAUGGAUUGAUUUCAAACAGUACUCGGACGAGGAACACAUUUGAUACAUAAAACACCUUGUAAUUAUAAUUCUAUCGGUCGAAUAUAGAUCUCAAGUUAUUGUAACAUUUUUUGGUAUUUAAGGUAAUAUAUUUAAUUGAAUGUCUAUUCAUAAUUCUCAGACGUCGGCGUCGCAGACCAGUCUCGUACUUUGGAGUUCAGGCCUGAAAAACUGUUUUACGGCAAACGCCUCAUGAAUCACGUGAUUCGCAUAACUAAAGUAAUGGUGUUGGAGUUUUGUGAAAUCUUGUGUUAUAUUGAACCCGAUUGUGUCAGUAUUAAUAUUGAUAAACGAGAGGAUGGACAUUGAGUGUACAAAUGUGAACUAAAUAAUGUUACCCACGAAGGAUACGAACAAGAGUUGGUGGACGAUGAAAAUUAUUUUUACCAUGCAUCUAAGGUAGAUUUCUUUCUAAAUUAGCUCGUUCAAUGGUAUUUAUUUUUUUUCAAUGUUUCCUCUAACACUUUUCAUAUGAAUAUUUUACCAUGAUAAUAUGUGGUUUUGCAUUAAUAGUGAAUAACAAGUUAUUGUUACAUGCGAAACGACAGCUUUAACUUCUUUGUUUUAAGAGAUCUGAUGCUUUUGUCGUGUUUUAAUUUGAUCUUCAGGCAUUCAGGCACGAGACAUUCCCCGAGGCUUUUCAGAAAUAGUGAUUUACUGAAAGAAAUUAUAAUGACGAAAGAAUUCAUGGGAAAUGGUAAUCAUAACGGCGAUGACGGUGAUGAUGACUGUCGCCUAUUGGCAAUCUUUCCCACCCAUGUUUUCUUUUCGUUCGACCUGUUUUUCACAUAAAAACUGUAUUGUGUUGAACUGUUUUUAACACACUUUUUCAUAUAACAAUCAGGUGAUCGUAUCGAGCCACCAUGUUUGUUUUGCAUGUUGACACUUGGAAAGCUCGCGCUAUAUUCGUACCCAGAUCUCCCGCUGUCAAAAACCAUAUGGAGCCUCCUUAAGUGGUCGAUUAACUUUUUGAUCUUCAAAACAACUUCGAUUGUCUCGCAUCUUCACCAAUGAUAACAACACUUCAAGAGAACUGCUUCAGUUUACAACUGACUAGCAAAUCAUGUACAACUGUUCAACCGUUGGCAAACACACAUUUAAUUGUGCCACAAAAAAGUAAAGUACUCGAUACCGAGGAAAUAGACAAAUGGCAAGUAAGCAAAUCUACGUUCUCUAAUUUAUAACAACAAAUAACAGAGUUUAUAGCUUAAGAGGAGGCCGCCUGAGAAGCAUAUAUGAUGUUGUAGCUGUUGCUGAUGUGUUUGUUGCUGUUGUUUGACUCCAUUUUUUUUUUAAUGACAGCCAUCGAUAAAUGUGCCCUAGGGUUACACAAAUGCAGUUCGAUGGCAUAUUGCAUCAAUAUGAAAGGCUCGUACCACUUUACAUGUAAGCCUAGACUUUAUGGAAAUGGCCGAGAAUGCAAAGAUUAAUGUUUCGGUCAAGAAAUCAUAAUAGGAAUCAUUAUUAGGUCUUUUCCCAUUGAAGAGAUCUUCUUAAGAUGGUGCUUUUUAAUGCGGUCGUUGCUGCCGUUUCUUUCCAUUAAUUCCAUUCCUCCUACGGAGGACUUUUAGCCGGGUGGUAUAGAAAUGCGAAUAUUUUUAGGUGGUAAUAUAAAGUCAAGGGGAUUUUUCUUUUCCGCUUCUUUUCUGUUUGUUUGUUUGUUUUUUUGGUUUGUUUUUUUUUCCUUUUCUCUCUUUUGGUUUGUUUCUGUGUUCCUGAAAACGCUGUUCGCCAACCAAAUGGGCAGAGUGAUCUAUCAACGCCGCUUAACCGUAAACUUAUGAUAGUCGCCUUUGAAAUAAAACUUUCACCAGGCUUGAAAUCCCAACUGGAUUAAAAUUUUGUUACUAACCUGGACGACCUAAACGGAAUUAUAGCAGGAAGGCCGUUAAAAAAUAAUCGACAAGUCUUAGAGUCAAUCUAAUAGUGUAAUAAAUAGAGUAGACUAAAAUUCAACAGAAGUAAGUUUUAAAUUCUACUAGAUAAAAAUUGCAGGAGCUUCGACUUUUAAGGAAAUCCAUGAAAACGAAAUUUAGGUAGAAUUUAAUCCUCAUGAUAAUUCCCAAAAAUAUUAAAUAGUGUAGCGUACAUACCAUUGGUCCUUGCUCGUCAUGCCAGCCAAUGUACUCGAAUUUCAAUCCGUGCUUGCAAUCUCCCUUUAGGGCUUACUCAUACGAGGUAAGAGACAGUGUGCUUCCAGAAAACUGUUUCUUUCUAGGUAGAGCUUAUGUAUGCGAUGAUCCAAACAGAAAUUGUUGUGUUCUCGAAUGAAGAACACUGUUUAUGAAUUGCAGUCUUGUGAUUGAUGACGCACUGCACCACAUAAUCAACCUAUUGGUCUAUUUUGAUAUAUUUAAGCCUACGAACGUUUUGCAUCAACUCAAUUAUUAUUGAUUAAUCAUCCUUAUAGUGAUUAUGUAAUGUGUAGCUUCACUCGUAUGGAUGCCUAUGUUAACAACUCCAACCACUUGUCCGUGAUAUAUUUUUAAUGAAAUAUGAUUAUUUCUCUUACAUCGCUAUUCACAAUUGUGCAAAAGGGCCUAUUCUAGUACUGUGUGAUUACCCUCUUGUUGACUUAAUAUCAGUCUCUGUUCUGUGCCACAUGCGAGAUUUUGGAUGUGGAGAAGGAGGAUGGACGCCAGUUAUGAUUACCAUUUUCUAGUCAUUCAUGGCUUGCAUUCACUUAAAUCCUCUUAUUUGCAUCUUUUACUCAUUUCUGUCAACUCAGUUUUUAUCUGUUAUCUACUGUUGCUCUUUUACCCGUACGGCCAAAAAAACAGGUUGACAAUCAGACAUGGUUUGAUGCUACUCUAGUAUAAAGAUUUGAUGAAUGUAAGAGAGAAGUUACAAUUCAUAGACCCAACGUUUCGACACCCCUGUCUGGUGCCUUCAUCAGGGGGGAUCUAAACGUUGUAACGAGAGGUCCUUUUACACGCUCUCUAAUUAGCUACCCCCCUUUUUUUUUGACGAGGUGUAAAUAGGCGUCAGGAAGUAAGCCGCCAUCAUCACGAUUUAAGGGAGCGUUGACGGAGUUGAUACGCCAGGUUUCCAUAGAAAGGCGCCGGUGGCAACACCGAUAAGUGGUGAUAAUUUUAGACUGACUUAUCCCAUCCAAUUGUAUGGUUGGUUAGGCAUGUGUACUCCGAUAAAGUUGAAUUUUUUUUUUUGCAAAAGAAGACCGCUUUUUGAUGUUCUUUCAAACGUGUACCAAGCUGACGUUUGGUCUCUCCGAUAUACUAGUGAUCACAGUCAUUGCAUGAAUACUUUUAGCGCGUUGUGCUUUGGUGAACGGAUCCUUAGGCUUGGCAAAAAUAUGCCCUAAAGUCUGAAAAGGUUUCUGAGCAACUUUAACGUUGUGACUAUACUGAAUUCUCUUGAUGGGUUCCGUAACACCCCGAAUGUAGGGAAUAACAACGAAACCAGUCGCUGGUUCCCUCUCAUUAGGAAUGCUACUAGUUGUAACUGGUUUUCGGCAGUUACGGAGAAAAUUUAUCGUAUAGCCAAUCACCUUUAGGACAUUAGAAACAUAUUUCCUCCCCUCAGCUUUCGAAUCGAGUGAAGAUGGUGGACAAUCAGCCCUCCAAAGUUUGGCUAUAGACUUUUUAUGGCAAAUAGGGUGGAUUCAAAUGCGAUAGAAGGCGUUCCGCUUCAUUUCCGGAUACUGCAGAAAUAACGUCAUCGACAUAUCGUUUCCAGAAAAAGGGUUUAACCGGUGAAGUGGCUAAGGCCCUUUGUUCCACGUGUUUCAUUACCAUAUUGGCAACAGAGACGGGCGAACCCAUAGCUGUACCAAAAGCCUGUUGAUAGUAGGUGCCGUCGUAUGCAAAUUACGUGGUUUUGAGGGAAAAAGAGAGCAGAUGAAUAAUAUCCUCCACAGGCAGAGAAGUUCUUUGUCCCAGGGAAGCAUCUUCUCUGAGUCUCUCCUCCGCAACCUUAACGGCAAGGUCAACUGGGAUUUUUAGUGAAGAGCUAAACAACGUCGAAAGGUACCGAUUCUUCAAAAGGGUUAAAAGUUUUAUCUCUUAUGCAAUCUGCAAAUUCGCAGGAAUUUUUGACAGUGUAAGCAGUAUUCCCAACAACAAGCGACAAAAUUCUCGAUAGAUUACAGAGGUCGGAGAAUUAACCAAAGAGUUAAUAGAUCUCAAUAGAAAUUUCCCGUUUAUGAAUUUAGUAAGCCAUAAAAACAUGGACAUAAGCCGUCACUACUGUAUAACAUUUUGUACGUAUAGUCACUAAUCUUACCAGCUUCAAAAAGCGGUCUUCUUUUUCAAAAAGAAAAUUCAUCUUUAUCGGGGUACACAUGCCUAACCGACCAUCCAAUUAGUCGGUUAUAUAUAUAUGUUCUGCAUGCAUUGAUCUACGGCGUCGGGUCCGUGUAGAACAACAACAAAAAAAAUGACCUUAGUCUUCACGACACGAUGUUGUAUAUACCGAGGUCAAUUCUACGGUAACAAAUGAGUAAGGGAUCAAUAAAUGCAGAUACACGACAGGACGUCGACGGUUAAUAUCCAUCAAUUAGGAGAAAAUACAAAAAUAGAUUUGGUCCUCUUUUUCAGACCACCUUCCAUUAUAACGCGCAUUACUGGAGAAAUUACCAUGAAUUCUCGGUGGAGAAACUGGGUUUGACGAACAAGAAAUAA